UGGAAGGCUGAUGCAUGGCUAACACACAAGUGGAAAGAUGAGAAGAAAGGUCUUCGGAGAUGUAAGGUCAGCUUCAAAGGACUCAUAAGAGCAGUGUUUUUUUCUCAAAUGCUCAUCAAAGCAGUCAUGGCCAAGAGGGUGCGCUGCACUGUUCUCUAUGCCACAGAAACAGGGAAGUCACUGACCUUUGCCAAAAAACUGAACACCAUGCUCAACCGUGCCUUCGACUCCAGGCUGGUCUGCAUGGAGGACUAUGAUUUCAGUGAGCUUGAGACAGAGAGCCUUCUGAUGGUGGUCACCAGUACUUUCGGCAAUGGGGAAAGCCCAGGAAAUGGAGUG